AGCAUAUCUUAAUGUGGUCACGUGAGCGCCAGGGGCGAAUCCGCACAGAGCAGUAGCGCCAUGUCAGGGAAGGGUCUGGACCGAACGCCGGAGCAUAGCGGAGAAAAGAUAAAUAAAGCAUAAAAUACAGCGGAGUUCGGAGGCGGGCGUACUUUGUGAUUGAAGGAGGUAACAAACAAUGAAUUACUUUGAACAAUAAGGUGGUGUCACACUUGAAGAGCCUUUGCAAUUACCUAUGGCAGCCAAGUCGUCCCUGUUCAAAGUCAUCCUGCUGGGGGAUGGUGGAGUGGGCAAGAGCUCCCUCAUGAACCGCUAUGUCACCAACAAGUUCGACGCGCACCUCUUCCACACCAUCGGUGUGGAGUUCCUCAAUAAAGAGCUGGAGGUGGAUGGCCACCUGGUGACCAUGCAGAUCUGGGACACGGCUGGCCAGGAGCGCUUCCGCAGCCUGAGGACUCCCUUCUACCGUGGAUCGGACUGCUGCCUGCUCACCUUCAGCGUGGACGACAGCCAGAGCUUCCUGAACCUGGGCAACUGGAAGAAGGAGUUCAUCUACUACGCCGACGUCAAGGAGCCAGACAGCUUCCCCUUCGUGGUCCUGGGGAACAAGCUGGACGUUGCCGAUCGCCAGGUGUCCACUGAGGAUGCGCAGCAAUGGUGUCGGGAAAACGGGAACUUCCCGUACUACGAGACGAGUGCCAAGGACGCCACCAAUGUAGCCGUGGCCUUUGAGGAAGCGGUGCGGCGCGUGCUAGCUGUGGAGGAUAGGGGGGACCACCUCAUCCACACAGACACAGUCAAUCUACACAGGAAGCCUCGCUCUAGCGCCACUUGCUGUUGACUGUGUGCGGCCGACUGAGCACCAAUAAGCAACGAGCCUGACAUGUGAUCAGAGUUUACUAUUAACAUGCACUGACUGGUACAGCUGGAUGACAUUUCUUACUGCUAAUCAGAAAGUUGUUUAUCAGAUUACUUUGGAGGGCUGUGAAGGGGUGACCCUUCCAAAUAUAAAACACUGAUGGACAUGUGGGUCUGGUGUGUAAUAUUUGAUAUUUCCCCUAACCAUUGUCUUUAAUAUAAUAAACCAAAUAGUAAUGUCACUUUAAUUUCAGAGAAUAUGAAUCAUAUUGCUCGCCUAACAGCAACUUUUUCCUAAUAAUUGCUGAGCAGACAGUAUUUUUGAAGAGUUGUAUUGUAUUAAUCCUGAUUCAGCUGGAGCAUAGUGAACUUCCCUAUGCUGUAACUGUCUGACUCAACAGCAGCACAUUUAAUAAACUAAAGUAUCUAGCCCCAAAAUAAGACAGACAGCUGGCAGUAUGGAAGACUGUCCUAAUGAAAUUAUAGUCAUCUUCAGGUGAAUCAUUAUUGAAGGUGCCAAAUUAAAGUUUGUUUGAAAAUGAUUUUUUUUACUCCUUAGAUAUAUAUUGGAAAACUGCUUCUAAACAUUGUUACUAAUUUAUUGUACAAUAUAAUUAAUGCAGUAAAGUAUGUUUGCAAGCCUGA